UAACCUUUACGGGGCUGGGCAGUGUUGACGCCGGAGCUGGCAGGGGGUGGAGCGGUUAGUAAACAGCAAAUGCGGGAACUGCUGGGCCGGAGUCAGCCAUGGACUGGAAAGAAAUUCUUCGCCGGCGGAUAGCGACGCCCAACACCGGUCCAAACAAAAAAAAAAGUGAACAAGAAUUAAAAGAUGAAGAAAUGGAUUUAUUUACCAAGUAUUACUCAGAAUGGAAAGGAGGUAGAAAAAACACAAAUGAAUUCUAUAAGACCAUUCCCCGGUUUUAUUAUAGGCUGCCAGCUGAAGAUGAGGUCUUACUACAGAAAUUAAGAGAAGAAUCCAGAGCCGUCUUUCUGCAAAGGAAAAGCAGGGAACUGUUAGAUAAUGAAGAAUUACAGAACUUAUGGUUUUUGCUGGACAAGCACCAGACACCACCCAUGAUUGGAGAGGAAGCAAUGAUUAAUUAUGAAAAUUUUUUAAAGGUUGGUGAAAAAGCUGGACCAAAGUGCAAGCAAUUUUUCGCAGCAAAAGUCUUUGCUAAACUCCUUCAUACAGAUUCUUAUGGAAGAAUUUCCAUCAUGCAGUUCUUUAAUUAUGUCAUGAGAAAAGUUUGGCUUCAUCAAACAAGAAUAGGCCUCAGUUUAUAUGAUGUUGCUGGACAAGGGUAUCUCCGGGAAUCUGAUUUAGAAAACUACAUAUUGGAACUUAUCCCUACUUUGCCACAAUUAGAUGGGCUGGAAAAAUCUUUUUACUCCUUUUAUGUUUGUACAGCAGUUAGGAAGUUCUUCUUCUUUUUAGACCCUCUAAGAACAGGGAAGAUAAAAAUUCAAGAUAUUUUAGCAUGCAGCUUCCUAGAUGAUUUAUUGGAGUUAAGGGAUGAGGAACUGUCCAAGGAGAGUCAAGAAACAAAUUGGUUUUCUGCUCCUUCUGCCCUACGGGUGUAUGGCCAAUAUUUGAAUCUUGAUAAGGAUCACAAUGGCAUGCUCAGUAAAGAAGAACUCUCCCGCUAUGGAACAGCAACCAUGACCAAUGUCUUCUUAGACCGUGUUUUCCAGGAGUGUCUCACUUACGAUGGAGAAAUGGACUAUAAGACCUACCUGGAUUUUGUUCUUGCAUUAGAAAACCGAAAAGAACCUGCAGCUCUGCAAUAUAUUUUCAAAUUGCUUGACAUUGAGAACAAAGGAUAUCUGAAUGUCUUUUCCCUUAAUUAUUUCUUUAGGGUGGUCUCAGAGAAUAGCAUGAUGAGCUCUGAAGUGGAAUUUGAUUGUAUUUUACCUGAUAAGCAUUCAGCUGCAGCAGGUGUAAAUGCCAUACAAGAACUAAUGAAAAUCCAUGGACAGGAUCCUGUUUCAUUUCAAGACGUCAAGGAUGAAAUCUUUGACAUGGUAAAACCAAAGGAUCCUUUGAAAAUCUCUCUUCAGGAUUUAAUCAACAGUAAUCAAGGAGACACAGUCACCACCAUUCUAAUUGAUCUGAAUGGCUUCUGGACUUACGAGAAUAGAGAAGCCCUUGUUGCAAAUGAUAAUGAAAACUCUGCAGACCUUGAUGAUACAUGAUCUCUCAAAGACUAGACUGUAUUCAUUAAAAUAAGCUUGAAUGCUGCAUGUAAAACCUUUGAAGCAGAAUCCUUAGAAAUGGUCUAAAUAAAACACUUCAUAUGUCUAUAGAACACAGCAAAUGUUCUGGUUAUUGGAAUUUUGGUUGUAGUGGUCUGGAAGAAAUGGGACCAAAUUAGGAGUCAGUAAAUUCUGGUUUCACUUAGCUCAAAUAUGGCAAGUGUGAUCUGGUGAAGGUAGGAGUCCACUUUGAAUCUGUAUAAUCUUUAGAAAUAAAGGAAGUUUUAAUGGAAUAGUUCUGACAUUAGUCACUAAGAAUUUGAAUACUUGAAAGAUAGUUUAAAUUAUAUCAUUUAACCUUGAAUAUUCUAAAGUAUUAUGUAUAUCAAAGAUUACAGACUUCCCCAUUCAUCAGAGUAGGGCCAUUUCAUUUCUGGCAAGUAUUUGGACAUGAUGUUUAUUUUAAUAGAAUGUUUCAAUAAAAAGUAUUCAAGUUAGUAUUUUACUUUAAUUAAAAUCAUUGUUA